AUGUUUCCUCGCCGAAUCAGCGCCGUCUUUGUUUCGAGUCUGAUGGUGUGUGCGUUCUUUUUGGUCUACUACUAUUCGAACAGUGUAUUUAUUAAUCAAACAUCCCAAAAAUACUUCCGAUGGGCUGUUGAAAGCUCCUCACCCUCCUCCACGGUCCACAAACUAUACAGUCCUUAUAUACACCCCAUUACUAGAACCAUAUUCAUUGGCCACACAGGGAAAGAAUUUUGGCUAUCAGAACCACUGAGGUUCACCGAACCAUUAGGAAAGAAGGUCCUCAUUUUGGACGUCGACAGUCGCAAUCUUGAUGGCCCUAAAGGACUUUUGAGCAAAGCUCCAUUGAACGCAACCGAACUCCCCCCAGAUACUAGUGGUAGACUCAACCACUUCAUGUUCGCAAUGAUUCACGGCUACGACUACCGACUAGUCCAAAUACCCAGGGCAAUUGGGCUGACUGGAACAUGGACCAAAGUCACUGCGAUCAAAGAAGCGCUGAAGCACUAUGAAUAUAUCGUAUUCAUAGAUGCAGAUGCUAUGAUUCACUAUCCAAAUCUACCCCUCGAAUGGCUAUUCAACUACUGGGAGAUAACUCCGGAGACUCUAGUUGCCAUGGCGCUCGAUCCAGAAGAACCCCACAACCAUGAUUGGAAUGGCCGAACACUUCUCAAUACCGGCUUUAUUAUUGCCCAGCAAAGCCCUCGUACUAAAGCACUCUUUGAGGCAUGGGAGACUUGUCCCGCUGAAACGCGCUAUGCAGACUGCGGCAGAUGGGGUCGGGAAUGGCCACAUGAGCAAGCUGCAUUUGGGAACCAUGUUAGGUAUGACUUCAACAGAUCGGAAGAUAUUCGGGUCUUGUCAUGUGCAGAAGCAAAUGGGUGCCCGGAAGUCGCAUCUACCGGAUGUAUUGGGGAGUUCGUGAGGCACUAUUGGGGUGACAAGACAUCGCUUCCAGCUGCUGUGGAGGAUGCGGUCUUGCAAUAUUUUUUGCCGCAGUUGCAUGCGACCUUUUAUCGCAAUUCUCGUACUGUGGUGGUGAAUAGGACUGAGCGUGCAUUUGCAUGA